CCAUCACAUCCGUUUCCCCAACAUCCUCCCCUCAUUACCUAUCUCAUCAAACAGAUCUUUCUGUCAUCAAGAAUAGUGCUCCUCUCACUCCAGCUGACCAGCUUCGAAACAGAUCAUCUUUGACAUCACUCUCAAGCUUCGCCGAGUCCACGACCACCGAUGACGAAGUAGACGAAGAAGUAGAAGCUCAGAGCUCCACCAGCUCGACCGAAUCUUACCUACAGCCAAGUACUUCAACACUACUCUCUAACUCUGCGGUGGACGAAAGUGAAUCAUUUAGCUGUCACUCGACUCUGUCUUCUACCCCUCGACAAUGUAUCCCACUAGCGAUAGCAGACCCGGAAUGUCACUCUCCGCAAUGCGUUACCAGAACACAUCUUCUGAAGAUUCUAGAUACCUGGUCCUUUGACGCCAAUUACCUUUCGCCAACACAAAUUCGACAUGCGCUUCAUGUCCUUUUAUCUACCUACCUCACAUACACCCCUGGUUUUAUUGCGAAGCUUGAUGAGAUUGGCGUCUCACAGCCUGAAAAGUGUUUGACGAGCCUAGUAGACAAUCUUGAAGUUGCUUACGACCCUCGGAAUGCCUAUCACAACUUCCGACACGCAGUUGAUGUUGUACAGGCUGUUUACACCAUGCUUUCCCAUCAAGGCGUUGUCCCACCUCUGGAUUGGAUCACUGUUUGGGCUUUGCUUCUCGCUGCUGCAGGUCACGAUGUUGGCCACCCGGGAUUGAGUAAUGCUUUCAUGGUCAAUGCUCGUACUCCGAUUUCUCAUGUCUUUUCAGAUGGUUCAGUUCUAGAAAACUUUCAUCGGAUAACCUUUACCCGCAUGCUACGCCAGCACGGAUUUGGGAAAUUGGUGGAUACACACGCUGGCUUCCGACGAGUGAUUGUCAGUUCAGUUUUGGCAACUGAUAUGGGACGUCACUUCCCAAUUGUAGAAGAGCUCAAAGCACUGUGCAAGCUAUGGGAGGACGAUGAGAGUACAAUUGAAGCCUCACUGGAUGAAAAGGCAUUGAUCACGGCUGGCCUUAUCAAGUGCGGAGACAUCUCGAAUUCGUCUCGACCCCAUCAUAUCUCUCUCACAUGGUCUUCGUGCUUACUGCACGAAUGGUCUCGCCAAGCCGCUCUCGAAAACGACCUUCACUUGCCAGUCAGUGUUGUAACGCUAGACCCGGCUGAGAAGCGCGCACAGGCGAAAAGCCAAAUUGGUUUCACUACACUCUUUGUUCUGCCACUCUUUUCCGUCAUGGAGACGCUCAGUCCAAUUGGUGAGUUCAAUGCUUGUCAUCCAAUCAUCCAUUUCGUUUUCCAUCUCAUUUGGUGUUGA